AUGAAUGGUUUCACUGUGAGGAAGAAUAAGAUUUGGCGAAAUGUGAGGAAUGAGGUUACUCAACAAGAAUUUGUAUGUUUCCGGCAUAGGUUCAGAGGAAUCGGGUCCGUUAACGACGGCAAGCGACAAAAACGUGAGCCAAAGGCGGAGACCAGAUGCGGCUGUGAGGCAGAGAUGCGCGUCCACGUGCACUCCGAUAGUGGUAGAUGGAUAAUAUCAUACUUUCAGGACGUUCACAACCACGAGUUGCUGGACGAUAGACUGACUUUCAUGCUACCGGGCCAUAGGAAAAUGGAUGCAGCCGUCGUGGAACAAAUGAACAUGAUGCUUAGAGUUGGGAUUAAAACGCCACAUAUUUAUUCCUCUUUUGUGCAGACUGUCGGGGGAUUCCAAAACCUUCCAUUUCUAAAAGGGGAUAUGUAUAACCAGAUAGGGAAGCAACGGAGGCUCAUUGGGGGGGGGAUGCGACGGCUUGCCUGA